GGGCCCCGCUGGGAAGAGGCCAGGACAGACGGACAAGGAUGGACAGAUUCUGGAUGACUGCUGGCCCAGUCUCCCUUCUGGCAUCUCUGGUCCCGCGGCCGGUUCAGGCCCAACCCUUGGCCCAGAGGAAGCCGUGGCUGGUGGGGCUCGGGGCCGUACUGGCCGCCCUCUUCCUCAUCUUCGUCCUCAUCAUGGUCUAUGCCAUCUGGUGCAGCCAGCCCCGUGACAGCAAGAAAGAGAAGGAAGAGGGGACCGUGAGAGAGGAGGAGAGAGAAGCAGAGGGCAACGGGGGGCUGGAGCUGGAGGAGAAAGAGGGGCCUCCAGACCACGAAAGAGUGGCAAGCUCCUCUGAAUGACGUCUUCCCACCUGCCUCCUCCCACCUUCCCAGCCUGGCCUCCUCCCACCUUCCCAGCCUGGCCUCCUCCAGGCAGGCCUCCCAGGGACGCCAGUGCCCGCUCUGCAGCCUACAAGCAGAGACCUGGUCCUGGGGCCAGCGAAAUUAUUCCAUGCGGGGUUCAGGUGAAGUGUCCCUGAAUGAGGAGCGCUCAGGCCCCACCCCAAGUCCCCCGCUUUGCAUUUACCUGGGCAUUUAUACACCCCCUUCCCAAGCACCCCCUUCCCCUUUGAGCCGGGAAGAGGUCCGGUGGGGGGAAACCGUGCAAAGGCCCUGUGGUGUUUUCCGGGCCCCAGAGCAGGUCCAGCCCUCCGGCCGUCUUGCUUUUGUUUUGUUGCUCCUGGGCCUGAACUUUGGGGCGGGGGGGGCAGCACGUGGCCGUUUCCUGGGAGCUGAGGGCCCUCCCACCGGGCGCUGGUUUUCUCAUCACUGUCUGCUAGCUGUGCUUGGGUGCGGAUGCUGAGGGUGGGAGGAGACGGCGUCCUCAGCCCCUCUUCCCGUGCUGCACUCCCGCGGGCGGCUGCACAUUGCUGUGUGGCCCUAAGCAUGUAACUUAACCUCUCUGUGCCUAAGUGUCUUGUCCUGUAAAAGGGGGAGGACAGUAACUUGAUCCUUUCUGAGUUGUCAUGAGGAUUAAAUGAAAUACUGUCCACGAA